GAAGAGGCGGCUCCUCCGGUGUGAGGUAAACCAAGUGCUGUGUGUAGCGGAGUGCAACUGAGCAGUCUGCUUCUGGGGACGACGGCGGUUGAAACCAACUCAGAAUCGGUUCGAAUCAGAACAGCCACAUUCUGAUAUGAAGCUGGCAAUACUUCUGGCACUGUGUUGCCUCAUAUUUGGCGUCUACGCAUCCCCGAUAGUGACCGUAGACUCUCAGAACCAACCGACGGCUGCUGUCUCCAAAAGCGGUGGAGUGGAUUCCGGUCGACAGACGUCGGUAGAAGCUGGCCCCGCUCCUGUAGCCGCUCCGGCCGUAACUGACGAUGACGAAGACGACGAUGAUGAUGACGAUGAUAUAGACCUAGAUAUUACUGAAGAUGAUGACGAUGAUGACGAUGAAUCCGAAGAUGAAGAGGACGACGAUGACGACGAUGAUUAUUUUGAAAGAUUUUUCGAUGAUAUUUUAGGAGAUGAUGAUGAUGAUGAUGAUGACGACGAUGACAACACUGCUGACCAGCCGCCUGUAGCCGCCUCUGCAACACCAGUUGCCCAGGCAACACCGCAACAGGGCGCUGUGGUUCCUCAGCUGGCCGCAAAGCCCACCAAUAACAUUGCCUCUCUGGACUACUCAUCUGUCGACUACACAGCCCCUGGUGAGACACUGUCUGCAGUAGCUGAUUCCUCCGGAGCCAACGCUGACUCUGCAGUCGCCCCCGUCUACGACGAAUUCGUUCCAGAAGAACAGGCAGUCGGCCAUCUUGUACAGAAUGACGACAGUGCUGCCGGAGGACUCGAUUUGACUCCUGACAAUACUGACACACUAAAACCGGAAGCUCCUUCGCCAGUCAGCAGUGGCACCACGUCUGAUGACGACGACGAUGAUGAUGAUGAUGAUGACGACGAUGAUGACGAUGACGAACUCAGUGUUAGUAUAGACGAUGACGACGAUGACGACGAUGAUGAUGAUGACGAUGACGAAGAUGAUGAUGACGACGAUGAUGACGAAAUCGAGGAUGUUGUUGGUGAUGAUGUCAUUGAAGCUAAGAGAUCACGUUCCCUUGAGGCUAGCAGUGGCAAUGCUGUUCCCCCUAUUUACAUCACCAAGUACAAUCGCUUUGUGGACAGCAUCUUGGAAAGAAUAAACAGGAUCCUGAGGAAGAACUAUGACCCUGUCAAUGUCCGUCUUCAUAACAACAGUAAUAAGGACAAGAGUAACAGCAAGAGGAACAACAAGAACAAGAACAGAACAAGACGUCCACCUGCCAGUAAGAAAGGGAAUAUGAGACCUAGUCACAGAUCGGAGGACAUCGCCAGAUCUACCACGGAAGCCAUAGAGGCAACAAUGAAUGAGUCUCUGGCAGCCAUCUCAGCACAGCUCAUAGCAGAACAUUCUAAUGCAGAACAAGUGUCGCUCAUCCAUAACAGUAACUCUACUGAUGCAGCUGCAACAGAUUCUAAUGUUACUGCCACAACCACAGAGCUAGCAACAACAAAACGGUCGUCAAACAAUGGAAUGAUUAGUCGAGCAAGACCGCAGAAGCAACAUCACCGUAACAAAAACAACAAGAAAACAAAAAAGAAUAAGAACAAGGGAAGACAGCGUCCUGGUGCUAAAGCCACUUUAUAUGGUCUUUCUUCCGUACGGCGAGAAGGAGAUGUCACAGUUAACAUGAUGAGCUCACAUACUACUGUUAGGACGAAAUUUACAGUUGGACCCCUGAUUCUGAAGGUAGAGAAAGAGUUUGGUCGUGGUGCUAAGAAGGAUAUCAGAAGUGCAACAGCCACAACAACAGAGAUGAUAGGAAAGUUAAACCUGAGAGUGUUACAUGGUGGAGCUGCCACUCUCCAUUCAAUCAGAGUGAUGCAACCCAAACAGGUUCGUGUGGAAAGUUCGGAUGACCAUGACAAAACUCGAGAGUAUGUUUGGAAGCGUUCAAGCCAUAUUGCUCAUGUUGUGUCACAGAAAUUGACAAAUGCCACUAAGUCUAUGCUACAACCACCACCAAUUCCGAAUAGUAGCAUUACAGCAUGACUGGCCGGUCUCUUUUAAAUCUUCAAGAACAUACACUAUAUAUCAAAACAUCUUGAUCCUGUUUAAUACUCCUGCUCAUCAAUAAUUUUAAAUUUAUAUUUAUGGUUAACUUAUUUUGUUGCAUGAUUCUAUAAAUUAUUAUUACAUUAAAUUAUAAAUUAUUUAUUUAAAUUAUUAUGUCAUACUCAGUGUCGAUUUUUUGUGUUUAUUUAUUAAUGUCAUUUAUUAUCUUUAAGCAUUCUCAUCAAAUCUUAGUGCAGUUUCCUAUGAUAUAAUUUAAUCCUCUUAUAUAGAAAGAUGGACUCAAGACUGAUUGUGACUGUAGGAUAUUGAUUGUGUAACCAUGUAAUACACAAAGAUUAAGAGAUACCAUUUUCCAAGUACAUAUUGAUGGAAUCUGUAGUAUUUUAAUUGUGAUAUUAUUUGAGCCAAUUUUGUCUUUCAGCCAUGUUAUGAUAUACAUUUAUUUCAAAAUCGUUUACCCACAGCAUAUUCAAUAUACAAAACACAGUGUAAUUGUCAAUUACUAACUAACGGACUCCAGGGAGCCGAGUCCUUCUAGAGAAGCCACAAGUUGCUCAGCUACUCAGAUUUUCCAAUAUUUUACAGCAGUGAAUGGACCAUUACUGUGUUCACAACAGCCUGCCACUGGUCUCUAGCCUAAGCCAGAUUGGUCCAGGCCAUACCAUUCCAUCUUAUUUCUCCAAGAUCAAUUGAUAACAACUAUGAUUUUAAAUAUUUAUAUUGUGAAAAUAUAUAUGUGGCAUAUGCAGAUAUGUACUUAUACUAGAGGUCAGCUUAGAAAGUUAAUGAUCUGACAACACCAGUUAAUUUUUUAGAGCUUGUGUUGUGUGCCUCUCAGGCUACAGCUAAAGUAUCAUCUACUUUCAUAUACUUCUUGUGGUUAUUCUGCAUACCACAGCUACUGAAGAUAUUUCAAUCAUAUUUCUCUAUAGAGUUUGGUUCACUGCUUUCAUCCUAAUGUCUGCGGAUCUAUCCAGCCUCAGUAGCCAUUAUUAUCUCCCGAUGUGAAUAUGUGAAAGAUAAAGUUCUUAACCACCAAAAGGAAAGUAUCACCAUGAAAGAAGUUAUACUUCAUCUGCUAUGGGAACAAGGGUGCAUCAUUUUUAGUGUGAUAUAGAUUGUUACAUCAUCAAUGGGAUUCCCCCCCCCCUUGGCACUGCAGCCCCAGUGUGCCUAGGCCUAC